AACAUGGAACUGAGAUCAUCCUUCAAACUUGGUGUUAUCGUUUUUAGUUUUCUGUUCACUUUACAUAAAAGUGUAUGUCAGUCAUCAAGCAGCGUGAAGAAUCUUUUCAAUGACAUUUUUGAUGUAAGGCAAUACGACAAGAGAAUUCGACCUGUCAUGAACCAUUCAAGACCGAUCCAUCUUGAAGUUUCAUUUUUUAUUUUAGGAAUUAACUCCGUUGAUGAUAAAAACGGACUGCUUUCAACAACUUUAGACACUGGUAUACAGUGGACUGAUGAAUUCUUGAUGUGGAAUCCUUGUUUGUUUGGCAAUAUAACAAGAAUAAAUGUUCCGCAAAAUGAUAUAUGGAAACCAGAUUUUGUGCUGAGAAAUGGUGUCUCGAAAAGUAAUGAAGCAAAACUUCUUUUCAGUUAUGUAUCCGUCGAGUAUACUGGAAGGAUAACGUGGUGGCCCUACCAGUUUCAUGAAACAAGUUGUGAAAUCAACAUAGUCUAUUUCCCAUUCGAUGAACAAACAUGCAACUUGACAUUUAUUAUCUGGAGUCAUUCAGUUAACGAAAUUAUAAUAAAAGGAAAAUAUGUAGAAAAAUACCUAUUUUCGGAGAACAGCCUUUGGUCUGUAGACAACUCACAUAUGUUCGAAGAUGCGGAUUAUGUGGAUGGUAGCAAUUAUUCAACAAUAACACUAACUUUUCAUAUGACAAGGAAAGCAAACUUCUAUUUUUGGAGUAUUAUUUUUCCUCUCGUGUCACUUUCAGUAUUACAGACUAUUGUAUUUCUUGUUCCUGCUAGAAGUGGUGAAAAGUUGUCGUUUGCAUUCACACUCUUCCUAACGUAUAUAAUGUUUCUUAUACUUAUGACAUCCAUGUUACCUGAAAACUCCGAGCAUUUAUCGAUAUUAUGUAUAUAUAUAGACAUUGAACUGACAUUGGGGAUUAUCACCAUUGUAGUGGUAUGCAUGCAGGUUCAACUGUGUUACCAUGAUCCUGAUAUACCCGUGUCAAAAUGGCAGAAAAAGCUCAUUAGGGUAAUCAUUUCGAGAUGUCAAACACCGGGAAUUGCGGAUAUUACAACUAUAACUCAGUUACAGAUACAAAACACUUUGAUCUUAUUUAUAAAUAGAUUUACAUUGUUCUGUUUAUUAUCCUUCCAAUUGGUAACAGCAAUUGUUAUUGUGAUUAUAGUAUAUUUUAAAUGA